AUGUCUAAUCCAGAAAAAUCCUCACCAAUGAAGCACGAUGACGCUCAUUCUCCUACUGCCGAAGAUGCGUCAACUGUGAUUGUGAAAGCUGUCCCAAUUUCAACUGUUCCUCCUACUGAUUCAACGAAAAAGAAGAAGAAAUCGUCAAAGAAGGACAAGCCUCUGAAAGUGAAAACAAAUCCUUCGUCUUCUCCUGCUUCCACAAAAGAAUCGACGCAUAAAGGAAAGAAAUCAAAAUCUGAAACGAGCAGAGCCUUCACCAUGUCAGAAUUGCAUGUUAAUCCAAUUACUCCAAAUGUUGCUACGCCUGUCGUUGAUUCUGCUGAAGAGAAUGUUGAAGCACCUGGUAAGACUUCUGAAAUUCUAGAUCACGAACACACUAUUGUUGAUGAAACCCUAGGAACAGAGAAUGUGACUAUGUCUAAAAAAUUGGGGAAAAAUGAUUUUACUCCCUCUGUUACUGUUGAUGAAACCAUUGGUGCUCCCACUAAGACCAAUGUUGUUGUUGCUGAAAAGUCUCACAAGGACACCAUUCCAGAGACGAAUGUUGAGUCAAGUGUGCCCACAGAUGGGGCCACUAAGACAACUGUUGUGCCAGAUGCUGCCACAUCUUUGGCACAUAAGGCUGGAGAACCAAUUCUUGAGCAAGUCAUGAAUCCCACUGUUGAAACUACUCAAACUGGUACUGGUAUUGUAUCUUAUUCUGAGUCUGAUGAAAGUGAGAAGUCUCAGUCUGAUAAAGAGGCUGAUAGGACACUUUCUGAUGAUCCUGAUAUUGUUAUUAAUGAUGAAAUUGUUGCUGGUGACAAGUCUAUCACCACUAAUCCUGAGGCUAGUGUAGCCAGAAGAACUAGAAGUAGGGCUGGCAAGGGGUUGACAACUGUCAGCACACCUGUCCAGACUCCUGACCCUGCUAAGUCUGUAAAGGAUACAGGAAAGAAUAGACUGUUUGGACCUCCAAAAGAUAAGAGUAAGGUUGCUCCUAGCACUGAGGAGAAGAAGAAAAGCCUGAAAAGGAAAGCUCCUCCCUCUGAUGCUUCUGAUGAUGAUUAUGGAACAGAAGUUGCUGCAUCUGGCAGCACAUCUAGAAAAAGUAUUGGAAGAAGAAAAGUUCCACUGUCUGUACCUUAUGCUCCUUUGGACAAUGUAUCCUUUCAUCUGGAAAAUGGUUCCUCUAGAUGGAAAUUUGUGUACCACAGGAGGUUGGCUCUUGAAAGAAAUCUCAAGGAGGACAUCCUCAAAUGCAAAUCUGUUAAUGAAGCCUUGGAGUAUGCAGAAAGCCCUGAAUACAGGCAAGUUUUUGUUCGUGGGAAGUGUGUCAAAUUCUCACCAUCUAUUGUGAAUCAAUACCUGCAAAGGAGUGCUGAUGAUGCUGCUGAGCUUGAAGUCACAGAUAAUACUAUCUGUAAGACUCUCACAGGUGGUGUGUUGAAGGUAUGGGGCAAGAAUGCCAAAGUGGCUGCUACACAGCUUACUCCAAUGUAUGCCAUCCUAAACAGAAUUGCUGCACACAAUUGGGUACCUACUACUCACUCUAGUGAUGUGUCCAGAAGUUUAGGGAAAUUCAUUUAUGCUGUGGGUACUAAAUUUCCAUUUGACUAUGGCUCCUACAUCUUCUAUGAAACUCUCACUCAUGCUGUGUCUUUUGCUGUUGAGAAGCCUAUUGCUUUUCCCACUCUACUGUGCAACAUUAUUUUGGAGCAGCACCCUGAUAUCCUUACAGCUGCUGAUGUUACCUGUGUGAGGCCAGGGAAGCUGGUCAUUGAGCAGCGGCUGAUUGCAGAGACAGAUGCUGCAGCAGGUGUUGGCCCAUCUGUCCCAAAGAAGACUGCUAAACUCUCCAGGAGGCAGAUGAUAGCUGAUCUGACUGAGACCAGUAGAGCACUUGCAGCCAGAAAAUUGAAGAUUGAUCGUGUGAUUGAGUCACUCAAGGCUGAAGAGGUUGCUGCAUCUGGUAAGGGUGAGCAUAGCAAACAGAUGGAGGAUGAGGAAGCUGAUUCUGAUCCUGAUACUGAUGAGUCGGUGGACCACUCUGGUAGUUCUUCUGAUUAA